AUGGCUUCUCCGGACUGGUGUUACCCGUUGCCGCCUUACCAGCCGAAUGGCGCCAGCUACGGCGCCCUCCUUGCGCCGCCGCCCGUAGGCGGUUAUAGUCCACCUGUCCCGGCACCGCCCUACGGGGGCCUCCCGCCGCUGCCUUCCCUCGGUGGUUAUGGCCCGUCUGUCCUGGCGUCGCCCUACGAGGGCCUCCCGCCGCCGCCGCCGGUACCUGUGUCAUGGGACCCCACCCUCCUCGCAGCCCAGCACUCCGCGUCGUCGCGGAGUAGCUCUGUCGGUGGAGGCGACUGGUACAUGGACUCAGCCACACUCACCGCCUUUUAUUCCUAUGUCACCACCCAGUUCGGUCGCCUCAUACUCGCACUCCAAACUGAUAACGGAAAAGAGUUUGACAACGUCGCUCUUCGCACACUUCUCGCCUCUCACGGCACCACCUUCCGUCUGACUUGCCCCUACACUUCUCAGCAGAACGGCCGCGCCGAGCGCAUUCUCCGCACUCUGAAUGACUGCGUUCCUCCGGCUUCGGCCCCUUCGGCGCCGGCCCCCGCGCCCCCCUCAUGUAGCGAUGCGCGGCGGCAGCCCCCGGCGGCCCCCCCGGCACGGCGCCCUCUGCCGCCACCACCUGGCUUCGUGACUCCCUCCCCCGAGGUCGAGUCCGAGCGGGCCCCCUCAUACGAGGUUGAGCCCGGCACCCCGCCCGCCCACCCUGCGACGGGCUCGACGUCACCCCCGCCCGUCGCCUCCUCUGCCGCCGCCGCACCGGGUGCCCCCGCGGCCGCCUCCGCCGCGGCCCCCGCCGCCGCAUCGGGUGCCCUCUCGCCGCCGCGGCACUCGUCGGCCCUGCUGCACCGCCACUUGGCGUGA